CAGCACUGCGCUGUUUAAAUCGAGAAGACACAAAGAAGUAUAGAAGGGGGAAGUAAUACGCGUCAACGCCGUCCAAUGUAAACAUUUUUUUGUGCGUCAUGAUAUGGACGAGAGAUGUACAAAAAAAGAGGAUAAACUAAACGAGUCGUUGUGAUGGCGUCAGAGGAAGAAAUAAGCUUGCUGGUCAUGGUUUUGGACGUUAACCCGAUAUGGUGGGGUCAGCAAGCCCAGCGUGAGCCACAAUUCACUCUGUCCAAAUGUAUGGACGCUGUCAUGGUGAUGGCUAACGCACACGUGGCCAUGAGCAGGAAUAACAAGUUGGCCGUCAUCGCCAGCCACUGCAAAGACAGUCACUUCCUGUAUCCCACUACGAGUGAAACUGGUAACGACGGCACCACAGACGAUGUGUGUUCCAGCGGCGACGGCAAGUAUGAACUGCUGUCUGUCGCCAACAACAUCAUUGCUGACCAGAUCAGAAAUUUGAUGUCCAACAUUGAAGUGACUGGAGGUUCCACAGACACUUUGCUGGCCGGAUCUCUUGCCAAAGCUCUCUGUUAUAUUAACAGAAUCUCCAAGGAACUUGAAGUGGGACAGGAGGUCAAGUCUCGAAUUUUGGUGAUAAAGGCAGCAGAUGACUGUGCGUUGCAGUACAUGAACUUCAUGAAUGUCAUCUUUGCCGCCCAAAAGCAGAGCAUCCUGAUAGACGCAUGUGUGUUGGAGUCUGACUCUGGGCUCCUACAGCAGGCUUGCGAUAUAACUGGAGGCUUGUACCUCAAGAUCCCCCAGAAGGCAGCCCUAGCGCAGUAUCUGCUGUGGGUGUUCCUGCCAGACGGCGAGCAGCGUUUGCAACUCCUGCUGCCGCCGCCGGUCCACGUUGACUACAGGGCAGCGUGCUUCUGCCAUCGCAACCUCAUCCAGAUCGGUUACGUCUGCUCCGUCUGCCUGUCCAACAGUUUUAGGGAGAAAGUCCUAUUACAGUCUGUAUUAUACUUGUGCUACUCCUUUCUCCACCACAGUAUUCUGCAACUUCAGCCCCAUCUGUACAACUUGCGAGACUGCUUUCAAAAUCCAGCUCCCACAAAUGGUCAAAGGCAAAAAGAAGAAACUCAAAGCAUCAUGAUCAUUACCUCUUGAACCUUUAGACAUAAAUCAUGUGUUUGCCCAGUUAACAUGUUUAAUUUUCAAUCAUGUUGUAGUGAUGAAUACUUUUUCAAAUAUAGAAACUCAAAUACAAGGAUGCCGUGUCUGAAUUUGAAAGUGUUUAUUCACAUGAAGGUCAUUGAAGCUCAUGGCGGAGGCAUGGGGACAAUCUUGCACCUAGUGACAAAAUAAGGGGCUACCAAUCAGAUUGUAUUAAUGCCUUAAUUUUUAACUCACCCCAUCAGACCCUGGCCAGACCACCGCUGUGGAGUCAAGCUCAUGUUGGCUCUCUGACCCUCACGGACCACUGUCACUCGCAGCGGCUUCUUCAAAAAAAAAAAAAAAAGACAUUGGCGCCCCGCAAAAAAUUAAGUACUGUAUUAAAACCUUCCCCCUGAAUUUGCAGUUGACAUGUUAAGAUGGAAAUCAUAGUAUGUUUGGGCAUACAUGAGGAGUCUUACCCCUUCACUAUGCUGCACCACAGACGCAAUGUUGUGGAGGUUUUGGAAGUUGCCACUGUUCACGGAACCAAACUCAAUCACUUCAUCUCCCACUUUGAGGCCCUUUUGAAGAAAGACGCAAAAUGUUCUGACUCAUGAAUGCCAGAUUAAAAAGGCCUUACAUAACUUACGGCCACAGAGGCAGGUGAUCCCUGAGUGACGGCAUCCACACGUGCAAAGGCAGGCGGGAGUCUGUCCCGCUGCGCCGUGGUCUCCUCAAGUGCCUGCGCCCGGUCCUGCCGAUGCUUGGCUUUCUCACGAGCGUGAAGCCUGUGCAAGGCGUCCUCGAUCUCCACCAUGAUUGCCUUGUGGUCGUUCUGGAGGCCUGCCUUGACAAAUCGUACAAAAUUGGUGUAGAACAGAAAGCACUUGUCGUAAUCUUUUCAAGGAAUAAGGUAGACACACUUACUAAGCAGAUGAAAAAUGAGCAUCACUGAAGAAGUCUAUUUAAAAAAUUUGGCAUUUUCCAAAGGGUGCACGUGAAGGGCGUAGGUUUGUCUCAAUAUUGGUCGGGAUGAUAUAACAGCAUAACAUGCAUGUACACUUUUUGCUGGGAAUGGGACAUUAAUAAGACCAAACAGAUUGGGUGAACGGAGGGUCAGGGCUACAUUUCUCACCAAUAAGAACCUAAUGAAUUGAUAGGCUAAAUGAUUAAUGCAAACUAAAUCUGUAUUGACUUAUACCAACUUUCACACUGCAAAUUUCUAACGUCUUAAUCUGAUCAUUUUUCUUAAAUCUAGUCGAAUAAUUUUCUCCAUCGUGUUUUGCGUGUUAAGGCUCGUUAACAGAUUAAUGCGUCAGAUUCUUCCACUUUAAGUAAAUAUUACUAUUUGUUCUUAUUAAGCCCUUACAUCUAAAAGUCGGUCAUUUUUCGCCUAAAUCAAGAAAAAAUGCUUUCAAAAAAUGUUUUGAACAAUAUCUAGAAUUAAGAACAUUUCUGACAAACAUUUUUUAAGCUUAAAUAUACAAACUUUUUGCUUAAAAUAAGUAAAGGUUAUUUUCAGCUAUUUUUCUUAUUUCAAGAAAUCUGAGUGAAAUUUACUUGAAGCACUCAGAUAAUUUCAAUUGUUUCAUGUAGAUUUACACUGAAAA